GUUGUUGGGCGGGUGGGUCUCUUCCCUCGUCAGUUAACCACCAACCAACGAAGAAAUCGAUCUCUUCUUCCUCCCACCCAAACUCUUCCCCCAUCGAAAUCAACAGAUUCCGAGCCCGCGAGAGGAUCCCAAACCGCGUGAAUCAGCGAGAACAGAAGCCGUAAAAAGGCUCGGUUCUUCUGGCGGUUUGGCGUCGAGUGAUGCGAUCGCAUCUGUUGGCUUCGCCGCGGCGGCGAGUCAGCGACGAUGAUGAGCGGUUGCUUCUGCGUUAUCCUCCGUCAUAGGAGAACCGAUUUUGAUGGGAAUUAAACUGCAGAUGAGCUGGAUGCCGAGUCUACUCACUCAGAAACGUAGUAGGAAGGGUCCUCCCUUAGGGUUGAGGAACCUCGGCAACACGUGCUACCUCAACAGCGUCCUUCAGUGCCUCACCUACACUCCUCCUCUCGCUAAUUAUUGCCUUACUCACUCUCACUCCUCUCUCUGCGACUCGUAUGUGAACGGGGAGAGGAAACGGGACUGUGCUUUUUGCCUAGUUGAGAAACGAGUAGCGAGGUCUCUUAGCAUAGAUCAAGCAACCGAUGCGCCAAACAGGAUUUUAAACUGCCUCAAAGUUUUUGCCGAGCAUUUUAAAUUGGGGCGUCAAGAGGACGCUCACGAGUUCUUGCGUUAUGUGCUUGAUGCGUGCCACAACACGUCUCUCCGUCUGAAGAAGCUGCGUACUAAAGGUGGUGAUGGUGCCGAGUCUAGUAGUAGUAGUAACGGCGAUACGAUUGUGAAGGAGAUUUUUGGUGGUGCGCUGCAGAGUCAGGUUAAGUGUUUGCCGUGCGGUGCGGAGAGUAGUAAGGUGGAUGAGAUUAUGGAUAUUAGUCUUGGGAUUUUGCGUAGUAGCUCGGUGGAGGAAUCGAUGCAGAAGUUCUUUCAGCCUGAGGUUUUAGAUGGUAACAAUAAGUAUAGAUGCGAAAGCUGUAAGAAACUUGUGACCGCGAGGAAGCAGAUGUCAGUACUCCAAGCCCCUAAUAUCCUUGUUGUCCAAUUGAAAAGGUUUGAGGGAAUUUUUGGUGGGAAAAUUGAUAAAGCCAUUACAUUUAGUGAGAUUCUAGUUCUCUCGAGCUUCAUGAGUAAAGCAAGCAAGGAUCCUCAACCAGAAUACAAACUAUUUGGUAUCAUUGUACAUUCUGGAUUUUCUCCUGAAUCAGGGCACUAUUAUGCAUACGUUAAGGAUUCUUUGGGCCGAUGGUAUUGCUGUAACGAUUCAUUCGUCUCACUCUCCACCUUGCAAAAGGUCUUGUCAGAGAAAGCUUAUAUUCUGUUUUUCAGCCGUUCCAACCAGAGAACAGCAUCUGCUAAAACUCUGGUAAUACCCAACGGGACUACAUCUCGUGAUGAUAAUGGUUGCGAGACAUCAUCAAAGCCCCAGAAGUUUAUUGGGCCCCUUAAUAAUGUCAACAUGAAUCCACGAGCCAAGCAGUCCAACUUCCAGAAAGAUAAUAACAUGCCUUCUUCAAAGCCCCAUAAGUUUAUUCGCCCCAAUGCUAGCAUGAAACCAUCAGCAGAGCAGUCUCUCCACAAGGGUAACCAUGUUCUUCCCCAAGUAGAAAAGGCUCCUUUGAAGCCGCAUGCAAAUAUCAGUACUUCUGUCAACCUUGGUGCCAAAAGAGUCACUCCUACUGUCAAUGGCUACCAAGGCCAGGACAUUGCUCUAGAUGCGAACAAAGAAAAUAUUGGAUCUGUUUCGGCAACGAGGGUUUACACGUGUCCUGAGAAAAGGUUCGGUAUUGAAAAUGGUGGCAACGGAGUUAAAGAAAACGGCAGUUCACAAGGUAGUAGUAGUAGUAAUGAUAAUGAAGUGACACUGCAUCCCCAUGAGCCUAACGGCUCCAGCAAUGGGGGUGAUCAUCACAAAGAUAACUUGCUUCAUUCAUGCGAGAGUAAUGAUGGUUCGCAAAAUGGAACUGAUCACCAGGAAAUUAAGGAUGGUGCUAGCACAACACAACCCGAAGUCGUGGGCUCUUCGACAAACCAAGACCCCUGCAUUUUACUUAGGAAAGACGAAUCGUCUCGGGAUGAACUUGAAGCAAUUAAAGAGAGCCUGAAGAAAGACGCGUCCUCAUUUUUACUGUCAUGUGGAUGGUAUGAUCAAGUAGAGAUCUCCAUGCGUGCCAAGAAGAGAUUGUGUACAGAGCAAUCAGGAGAAGAUGGUAACGACUUAAAGAGGAGGUUGAUCGGAGAUGUAAAAUCAAAUUCCCUUCAGAUUCCAGAUGAAUUGAAAGCACAUCUUGUAAACCGGCUCCGGAAAAUUGGCAAGAAGAAAUACUCGUGAACCAUUCAUGGUUUGUUUAACCCGUUAAAAGUCUCUACUUGGUCCCCUCUACACUCUCCUCAGUCUACAUCUUCAUCACAUCUCUCAUUUUGCUUGAAGCAUCCCGUUGGUUGUGUGUAAUACAAACAGGAGAGAGGGUAUGGAGAGUUUUUUUUUUCCCGUGAUGGUGAAAAGUGAAUUAUUUUUCCUUGUUACAUUUUUUGGAAGAGAGUAACAAGUAGUUAACGGGGGAAAAAAUCUCAUAAUGUAUAUAUAAUAUAUUGAACCUUCUCUGAACUUUUCCCCCCAU